UGGAGGAUAUUACAGUAUAAAAAGGACGUCAUAUCCUUACACCGCCCUCUUUUACCGUAAGGUACAGAACUCCAUACGGCGUUGUCUCGUGCUCUCCCACUAAACUCGUAACUUAGGGAAAGUGGUCACGAUGUCCGGAGGUCUGGAUGUGCUGCAGAUGAAGGAGGAGGAUGUGCUCAAGUUCCUGGCAGCAGGAACGCAUCUGGGAGGUACCAAUAUGGACUUCCAGAUGGAGCACUACGUGUACAAGAGGAAGUGCGACGGCGUGUACAUCAUCAAUCUGAAGAAGACAUGGGAGAAGCUGCUGCUGGCUGCCCGCGCCAUCGUAGCCAUCGAGAACCCAGCUGACGUUUGUGUCAUCUCUUCCAGGAACACUGGACAGAGGGCUGUGCUGAAGUUUGCCUCGGCCACUGGCUCCACCACCUUCCAUGGCCGCUUCACCCCUGGUACCUUCACCAAUCAGAUUCAGGCGGCCUUCAGGGAGCCCCGCCUCCUGAUCGUCACGGACCCCCGUGCCGACCACCAGCCUCUGACGGAGGCUUCCUACGUCAACAUCCCCACCAUCGCCCUGUGCAACACGGACUCCCCGCUGAGAUACGUGGACAUUGCCAUCCCUUGCAACAACAAGGGUCACCACUCUGUGGGUCUGAUGUGGUGGAUGCUGUCCAGGGAGGUGCUGAGGAUGAGGGGCACUAUCUCCAGGGAGCAUCCCUGGGAAGUCAUGCCUGACCUGUACUUCUACAGGGACCCUGAAGAGAUUGAGAAGGAGGAGCAGGCUGCGGCUGAGAAGGCCGUGGGGAAGGAGGAGUUCCAGGGCGAGUGGACCGCUCCCCAGGCUGACUUCGCCCAGCCCGAGGUGGCCGACUGGUCCGAGGGUGUACCGGUCCCAUCUGUGCCCAUCCAGCCGUUCCCUGCUGCCGGCGAGGGUGCCCCUGCGAAGGCCCCAGCUGCCACUGAAGGGUUCUCUGAGGAUUGGAGCGCCCAGACCGCCACCGAGGAUUGGUCUGCUGCCCCUACUGCCCAGACGUCUGAGUGGGGUGGUGCCUCUUCUGAUUGGCCGUAAAUGCUGUCCUUUACACAAGAAUAAAGCAGUGCUAUGAGCUUUGGUCAAUAAACUUGGUUAAUUGCUA